AUGGCGCAGUCCUUUGAGGAUCUGACUAAGUUGGUCAUUGCUGAUACGAAGGGAGAAUAUGACAAUGCUAUCAUCCAAGCCGGCAGACAAGAGAGUCUGGGAGGACCAAUCAAAACUCAGCAGCAUGCAAGAGAUAAAGGCGCCAUGCCCCGAGUCACCGCGGAGAUUGAUCUCUCCCACCUCGCCCACUUCCAGUUGCUGCCGGGUGAGAUACGACAGAAAAUCUACAAAUACCUCUGGUCAGACCAGCGGGUGAUGAUUGGACGCACGAAAACCAUCCAUCAGAUUGACGGGCCGGAGAAUCACCGCCUUGCUCGUAACUACCUGUGGUUUCGGGAUCGAACCACUCAUACUAUUAUCCCUUUGAAAGAUGAAGAUGAAAUCCCUGAGAGCCCCAUGGGCCUCAUUCUCUCCUGUAGGAGUAUCCAUACGGACGUCAUCCAUUGGCUCUAUGCCACGACCCAGUUUGUCUUCUACAGUGUCAAGGCCGCCCGUCGCUUUCUCAAGCUCAUCAGCCCAGAAGUGAAGGCAUCAAUCUGCCACAUUGAGAUCUUCUACGCAGUAUACAACGAUCCGCAGCCGGUAAAUGACCGCACCUGGAAAGACCGCAGCGAUGCAUCUUGGAUGGCCUUGUGGCGAAGGCUGUCCGACGAACUCCCUUCUCUCAAAGUCUUCUACGUGGACCUGACCCUGUACCACCGAACCGUUCUGAAUAUGCAACCUGGAGACCCUCUUUCUGACCUGUAUAGUGAUCUGUGUGAUUUCACCUGCUUUCCACAGCUCGAAUGGCUGGGGAUGAUGCUACGGGCCAAAAUCCCCACUGACUUGCCUUAUAUGAUGAUGCCAACUUUCCAUGCUCUUUCAACUGGAAUUUUGAAAGGUAUGCGCGAGGACCUUAGCGUUCGGUUCUGCCAGACACGAAAUAAGGGCAGGAAUACUGAAGUAUUGAUCGAAUUCGAUCCACUCUAUCACAUUUUUUGA